UGCCUUUCCAGUUGGAAAAAUAAAACUACAAACUACUACUAUUAUGCUCUACAUAAAUAAUUAUUACUAGAGAUUUAUUGUUAUGACAAUGGAAAAAAUCAACAUUAAUUUAAAAAAUAAAUUCAACGAAAGUGAAGUGAAUCCUGUAACUGAUAUCAUUGACUACCUAGUAAGAAGUGCAAAUAUAUCCUUUAAGAAUUCCCAUGCUAAUGAACAACCGGUAAGGACAUGUGAGAAACUGCAAAUGGCCCUUGAAAUUUAUAAAAGAUCACCUGUAGAAUUCCUCAUGCAAUUCGGAAAAUAUUUAGCUCCUAAUCACAUAAAAUACUUUGAAAAUAUCUCUAGCUCCAAAGAUCAAACAUUUAGGAAUUACGUGCACUAUUUGAGUGACUAUCAUUCGGAAACAAGCAGACGCAAGAGGAUAAAGAACAGAAGAUAUAAGGCAUUACAAAAAAUGAAGAUUAAAACUGAUUAUUUUAGUGAAAAACAAAUGAUGUACAGAAAUCCUCUUUUAUAUGAACAGUUGGUUGGGCAAUAUUUAACAGAUGAAGAAAUAAAAGAAAGAGAUCGAAUAACUGAAAACGCCAGUUUUCUUAACUUAAUAUUGGAAACUGUAGAUCACAACCACAUGAGAGAGGUGAAGAAUGUGCAAAUGCUCGAAGAAGGUAUUCAUGAAACACCAGAAGCUUCUGAAUUUUCUUUGAAUGAUAGUACUAAUGAAAACAUAAAUUUUCAACACAAAAGAAAAUGGGGUGAAUUCACUACCCCAGAUACGAAACCUGACUAUAUUCCAGAAAACAGAAAACACAGAGUUAUUAGUGCUCCAGAAAAGAAGUUAUUGUAUGAUGAGUUCCUUCAAGAAAUGUAUAGCAGCUUUAUAGAUGGUAAUGAUAUUGACAUUGAUUAUAAAACUAUUGAUAAUGAUGAGCAGUAUGAUGAUUUAGAGCAGGAGUCACAAGAUGCAGAAGAUAAAUAUUUUGAUUCUGAAACAAAUGAUGUUGAGAACUUAGAAGAACACAUGCACCUUGUAGAGGAAUAUGGUCAAAGUAAAAUAAAUAAUCUUGAAAAAGAUGACCCUCUUGAUGUGUUUAUGGAGCAUAUAUCUAAGAAGUUUCAACUGAAUUAAAUGAUUGUUUACUAAUAUGAAAAGUUCAAUAAUAUUAAAGUAAUUAUAAUCUUUAGGUUAAUUUCCCAA